AUGGGAAUGAUUGAUGUCUCGCGCCAGAGGAGGUCGCUCCUCGCGGAUGCGACUGUGUUGGACCAUUUGCCCGCAGAAUUACUGGCAAUUAUCCAAGAUCAGUCCUCGACGAAAUUGCUGGAUGCUGUUGCAGAGGCUGCUCUUUGCCCUCCACUAACAGAGCGAGUCUUUGCGCAUUUCGAGCAUGUCUUUCCAGACAUUUGUGCUCGAUGGAUUCUCAACCCCGGAAAUGAACAACAACGCAUACGAAUAUACUCAGCAUUAGCACGUAUUCUACCUUUUGCUCCCUAUCUUUCGACAUUCAUCGAAUACGCCUCUUCCACACCCGAACAGCCGACUAAUUCUCCAUCACUCCGACUUCCACCCUUGAGGCUCAACCAAGAUGCUAUGACUCAGGAUGGAGAGAUUUUGUUACAGAGCCUUCUUGUUGCUUGGAGGCUGAUUAGUUUCGACUCACGCAACUUCGGCCCCUUGACAUCUGCUGCGUUGAUGCAGACCUUGUUCAAGCACGAAAGCAAAGCCAUUCGUUAUCUUGCGACCCGGAUUUUUAUUCAACUUCUCCAUGGAUCGGACUGGAAGCUUGAGUCUCUCAUCCAAGAACACAUUGGAAAGAAUGAGGCUAUACUUGCAGACUUUGACGGUAGAUCGAUUGACUAUGGGUUCCUUUCGCUGUACGAACAGUCUCGAGUAAAGUCCUUUCUCACUUUGCGCCAAGAAAUACAAGCUGCCCAUGAAAUCGACGACAAUGAUUCUCCGUGUUCGCAAACCCUUACGACCUAUGUGGUUUCCUACGGAAACGUUCUUCUACCUAGACCCCUUGGUCCGACAGGGGAGCCUUCCAACCUCGUACUCACCCCUACGACCAUUUCCAACCUGGAACGACUGGCGACUAUGCUUCGUGAAUCCGACCCUGUUAUGUUGUAUGGCCUUCCUGGCGUUGGAAAAACUGCGUUGGUGCAUGAAAUAGCCAAGCAGGUUGGCAUGCACUCGAAUAUGGUCACAUUGCAUCUUAACGAACAGACGGAUGCCAAGAUGCUUAUUGGUUUAUACUCGACAGACACGAAACCGGGAAGUUUCCAAUGGCGCCCUGGUGUUUUGACUACAGCAGUGAGAGAAGGCCGAUGGGUGCUGGUGGAAGAUCUUGAUCGAGCCCCAACCGAGGUUCUGAGCACGUUACUCCCCCUAAUUGAACGAAAGGAACUUCUCAUCCCAAGUCGAGGCGAGAGAAUACAAGCUGCAAGCACUUUCCGACUUUUUGCAACUGUCAGAACAUCACGAGGUAUGAAUGGCCGAGAAAAUUUGCCCAGUAUGGCCGGCAUCCGUUUCUGGCAAACUUUGAGCACACAGGCUCUUGCAGCAUCUGAACUCGAGGAUGUCGUGGUUCAAACGUACCCUAUCCUCCGAAAGUUCAUCCCCGGUAUCCUAGCAGUCUAUGCCCGUCUAUCUCAGUUUGGCAACAAGCCUGGCGCAUUGGCCCGUGGUCGCAAUGUUAUGGAUCGCCAAAUGACUUUAAGGGAUCUGCUCAAGUGGUGCAGAAGAUUGCGCGAGUGCUUGGUUGCCGCUGGCUCAAAGACUGGAGAGGAACCAAUUAGCGAAACGACGCGCGACUGGAUGUUCAUGGAGGCGGUAGAUUGUUUUGUUGGAAGCUGCCCUGAUCCUGAAAUUGGCAAGCAGCUCAUCUUUGCAAUUGCUGAGGAGAUGCACCUGUCCAAGGAACGGGCGGAACACUACGUCACUGCCAAUAUACCCCCUUUGGACGAGAGCGACAACCAAUUCAGCAUUGGCCGCGCUGUUUUGCGCAAGAAGAAGCAAUCAAACCGAGUGGAAAAGUCCAAACGCCCAUUCGCUAGCACAGCGCACGCCAAGAAGCUAUUAGAGCAGAUUGCCGUAGCGGUCAAGCUGAACGAACCUGUCCUCCUCGUAGGAGAAACUGGUAUCGGCAAGACCACUGUUGUGCAGCAACUGGCCGAGUCGCUGGGCCACAAGCUCAUCGCUGUCAACUUGUCUCAACAGAGUGAAGUUGGUGACCUUUUGGGUGGCUUCAAACCCGUUAACACGCGAACAUUGGCGAUGCCACUGAAGGAAGAGUUCGAAGAUCUUUUCUCGGCGACUGGCAUCUCUGCUUCUAAAAACCAAAAGUAUCUCGAGCAGGUCGGUAAGUGUUUUGCCAAAAGUCAAUGGUCAAGGGUGUCAAAACUGUGGAAGGAAGCUCCUAAGAUGUUCAACAAGAUUGUCAAGGAGCUCGAAAGGGUCCAGGCAGAACAAUCAGAGACACGGAAUGGCGAUGAACAGCCCACGAAACGUCGAAAGACUCAUUCCAAACUGCAAACUCUGCUUGAUCUCCGUCCACGAUGGGACAUGUUUGCUCGUAAUCUCGAGCAAUUCGACGUGCAAAUUUCAGGAGGCUCUGGUAGCUUUGCCUUCUCUUUCAUGGAAGGUAACUUGGUCAAGGCCGUCCGUAACGGUGACUGGGUUCUCCUUGACGAGAUCAAUUUGGCUUCACCCGAUACUCUUGAGAGUAUUGCGGAUCUCCUGACUGGGCCUGAUGAGAAACCUUCCAUUCUAUUGUCGGAGACGGGCGAGAUUGAGAAAAUCGAGGCACACCCCAACUUCCGCAUUUUUGGUGCGAUGAACCCUGCAACCGAUAUUGGAAAACGUGAUCUCCCUGUUGGUAUUCGCUCCAGAUUCACCGAAGUUUAUGUUUCGAGCCCAGACAAGGAUCUCAAGGACCUUCUUACAAUCAUCAAGACAUACUUGGGAAGCAGUAGCAGCAAAAACGAUCAAGCUGCGGAUGAUAUCGCGCGCCUAUAUCUCAACACUAAGCGCUUGGCUGAAGAGAAGCGGAUCGUUGAUGGUGCGAACGAGGUGCCUCACUUCAGUCUUCGAACCCUUACUCGAGUGCUAAGUUAUGUGAACACUAUUGCCCCCCAUUAUGGUGUACGAAGAGCACUCUAUGAAGGUUUCUCCAUGGGAUUUCUCACCCUCCUUGACCGAGAUUCGGAAAAGAUGCUCAUCCCCUUAAUCACUCACCACCUCUUUGAGAGACAUGGAAACUCUCAAUCUUUACUUUCUCAAACCCCCAAACACCCUAACGAUGGGAAGGAAUAUGUGCGAUUCAAGAACAAGAACCGAGACAGACAAUACUGGCUAUUCCAGGGCAACGAAACCCCUAUUGAGCGCGAUGAUUAUAUCAUUACCCCUUACGUGGAACGCAACCUCCUAAACCUUGUCCGAGCCACUUCUACAAGGCGCUUUCCAAUCUUGAUUCAAGGUCCUACCUCGGCAGGAAAGACAAGUAUGAUCGAGUAUCUCGCAAACUUUACAGGCAAUAAGUUUGUAAGAAUCAAUAACCACGAGCAUACCGAUCUUCAAGAGUAUCUAGGCACCUAUAUCUCUGGAUCCGAUGGUAAGCUUCGUUUCCAAGAAGGUAUACUCGUCCAAGCAAUGCGUCAAGGUCAUUGGAUCGUUCUUGACGAGCUGAAUUUGGCACCAACUGAUGUUCUCGAGGCUCUGAACCGUCUCCUGGAUGAUAACCGUGAGCUUCUGAUUCCCGAGACUCAGGAGAUCGUUAGACCGCACGAGAACUUUAUUCUUUUUGCCACCCAGAACCCCCCAGGCCUUUAUGGCGGUAGAAAGGUACUUUCAAGAGCGUUCCGUAACCGAUUCUUGGAACUUCAUUUCGAUGAUAUCCCUGAAGAUGAACUGGAGUUUAUCCUUCAGCAGCGAAGUCGCAACACCUCUCCCCCAGAUUGUCGAAGAAUCGUUACAGUGUAUAAGGAACUCUCGAGACUCCGCCAAACCAGUCGACUGUUUGAGCAGAAGGACAGUUUUGCUACGCUUCGAGAUUUGUUCCGUUGGGCACUGCGAGAAGCCGAGACGCGCGAGGAAAUUGCCGCGCACGGUUUUAUGCUUCUGGCUGAAAGAGUUCGUGAUGAGGAGGAACGCAUUGCUGUGAAGGAGAUCAUUGAAAAGGUCUUUAAGGUCAAGAUUGAUCCCCAAGAUCUGUAUUCUGCUACAGUAGCCCCUGAGCUGAAGCAUUUCGCCAACAAGACUAACAGUCAGGGUGUUGUCUGGACCCAUGCAAUGCGCCGACUAUAUGUUCUUGUUUCUCGAGCAUUGCGCAACAACGAACCUGUUCUCUUAGUGGGAGAGACGGGUUGCGGAAAGACGACCGUUGUGCAGUUGCUCGCUGAGGCAUUGACGAAGGAGCUUCAUAUCGUCAACGCUCACCAGAAUACCGAGACGGGUGACUUGAUUGGUUCGCAGAGACCUGUUCGUAACCGAGGAGCUAUUGUUGAUGCCAUGGAUGUGGACUUGAAGGCAAUUCUACAAACCCUCGGACUAGACAUCUCCGGCUCAGUUGAAGAGCGCCUUGAGCGAUACAAGACUCUUGACCCUUCAAUCAGUAACAACAUCCCUGAGGAGACUCGGGUGCGUAUCAGUGCAAAUGAGACGCGAAGCAAAGCUUUGUUCGAAUGGGCAGACGGAAGCCUAGUAGAGUCAAUGCGAGAAGGUCAUUUCUUCCUCCUAGAUGAAAUUUCUUUGGCCGAUGACUCAGUUUUGGAACGUUUGAACUCCGUGCUCGAACCGUCUAGGACGCUUCUCUUGGCUGAGAAGGGAAUCGACAACUCUUUCGUUGUUGGAGCCGAUGGUUUCCAGUUCUUCGCCACUAUGAACCCCGGUGGUGACUUUGGAAAGAAAGAACUCUCGCCUGCCCUGCGAAACCGAUUUACUGAGAUUUGGGUCCCUGCUCUUUCUCAGAGCGAGGAUAUAUAUGAGAUUGUUAAGACAAAGCUCAACGGCGACUCCAAGCAACUGGUUGAGGUUGUCGUCAAGUUUGCGGCCUGGUUCGGUGAUACUUUCAGAUCCAUGGCUUCGACACCGUUUUCCGUCAGAGAAAUUCUGGUUUGGGUUCAAUUCAUCAACCAGUUCCAGUCUAGUGAGCCCAUCGUUUCCCUGGUUCAUGGUGCUUCAACAAUCUUCAUCGACAGUAUUGGUGCGAAUCCCUCCGCCCUACUUGCUACAGAUCCCAAAUCCCUCGGCCAGCAGCGACAAAAGUGUGUUGACAAGCUGAGCGAACUUAUUGGGAAGGAUGUUUCAAGCGUCUACCAGACCCAUCCAGAAUUGUCAAUGGAUGAUACUUCCUUGACAAUUGGUCAUUUCAGCAUCCCUCGUGCUUCCACAGGUGUUGCUGAUCCUGGGUUCGCUUUCCACGCACCCACAACUCGCCUGAACGCGAUGCGAGUCCUUCGAGCACUCCAAAUGCAGAAGCCAAUUCUCCUUGAAGGUAGUCCCGGUGUAGGAAAGACAACGCUUGUUGCUGCCUUGUCUCAGGCAUGUGGCCAGCCAUUGACGCGAAUCAACCUGUCCGAUCAGACAGAUCUUAUGGAUCUGUUCGGUACCGAUGUACCAGUUGAGGGUGCCGAGGCUGGUAACUUUGCCUGGAGAGAUGCGCCAUUCCUUCAAGCCAUGCAGAAGGGAGAGUGGGUGCUUCUAGAUGAAAUGAACUUGGCUUCACAAUCUGUUCUAGAAGGAUUGAACGCUUGCCUUGACCACAGAGGUGAAGUUUACAUCUCCGAAUUGGACCAAGUAUUCAAACGGCAUCCGGACUUCCGCUUGUUCGCCGCCCAGAAUCCUCACCAUCAGGGUGGUGGCCGAAAAGGAUUGCCUGCUUCUUUCGUCAACCGUUUUAUCGUUGUCUACGCCGAUGUAUUCUCCGACGAAGAUCUGAGCUUGAUCGCAGCGCACAACUAUCCCAAGAUCUCACCACCCGUGAUUAACCAGCUCAUCCAGUUUGUCUCUCAACUUGACCACAAGCUUUCUGUCGAGAAAUCAUUUGGUACUCAAGGAAGCCCAUGGGAGUUCAACUUGCGUGAUGUCCUUCGUUGGUUGAAGCUUCUCGACUCAUCGGACCCUCUGCUUCACGACGCCCACGUCGAUGACUUCCUUGACAUCAUUGUCCGACAGCGCUUCAGAUCAGAGCGGGAUCGAGAGGAAGUGAACAGCCUUUUCACCCUAAUUUCUGGCUCUUCACCACGACAACACAGCUUGCACCAUGAUAUCAACCCGAUGUUUGGCCAAGUCGGGUUGGCCCUCCUUGACAGACAUCCUCAUUCCCAGCCAGAGCGACUUCCCAACAUUGAUAUUGUACCGAGACUGCCUGAGCUUGAGUCGCUCAUGAUUUGCGUCAAGCAAAAUGUUCCUUGUAUCUUGAGCAGUCCCUCGGGCUACGGUAAAUCUGUUCUCCUUGAACAUGUUGCUGCGUUAGCUGGGAAAUCACUAGUGGUGUUCCCAAUGAACGCUGAUAUUGAUACGAUGGAUCUUGUUGGUGGUUUCGAGCAGGCAGACCCUCUUCGAGAGGUCAACGCUGCUCUUCGAGCCCUUCAGCAGGACUUGCAAAACUCUAUCAUGUCAGCUGUACCAGAAGGUAUCCCCAAUGAGGCCCUUCAUCUACUUCAUCUGCUGGAUGGCUUUACUGGUGACGUCGAGUCACUCCCUGCCAUUACUAAAUGUGUGAAGGAGCUACUUCUGGGCGUUCCUGCAAACUCGGAGGUGGCGACUGCAUUGUCCAAGGUCCUUGUUCCUCUUCAGAAUUCCUUAGUGCUGGAGAACCCUCGCUUUGAGUGGUUAGACGGUGUUAUCGUCAAAGCUCUGCAAAUGGGCCAAUGGUUGGUUCUUGAUAAUGCCAACAUGUGCAACGCGUCAGUCUUGGAUCGACUGAAUUCUCUCCUCGAACCAAAUGGCUUCCUGAGUAUCAAUGAGCACUGCGGGCCUGGUGGAGAGCCCAGGGUCGUUCGUCCUCACCCUGACUUCCGUAUCUUUCUGACGAUGGACCCAAGAUACGGCGAGCUGUCUCGGGCAAUGAGAAACCGUGCUGUGGAAAUCCAUAUUCAUACCCCGCCCCCAGCUCUUGAUCCUUCUUACAACAGAGUUGUCAGUGUGGAGAGCACUCUACAGAGGUACAAUACGUCUCAACAGGCAGCCGAGUCUGUCUCCAAAACCGACGGAUCGGUACAAAUUGUUGAACGUGCUCUUGAAAUUCUCUCAAUCAGUGACGUUUCUCUCCUUCCUCGGUUUGCUGAGGCUCUACCGACAAGCAAUGCUCAGCAUGAGUCGUUGACUGUUGGCGUUACCGAGCUCCUAAGCUUCCUUCACUCAGACAAUGGCGCGGCUGGUGUCAGUGCCGUUUCUCGUCUGUAUGCUUCUUUACCCAUUCCCGAAAGACUCAGUCCUGCGCAACCACUCCAUCCUCUCAACAACUUCCCUGUUACUCAGUUGUCGUCUACACCAGACCAAGCACGAUGGCUCGGUGCAUGCCUUGAGUUUUACCACGAGCUUUAUCACCUACAAAAUACUAUUGAGGAUCAGCGUCGGCAGGCUCAAGUCAACAAGUUGACUGCGCUUAACCGCCUUCAACGAUCGCUUGUUAGUGACCGCGUUGCAGCCGUCUCCAAAGACGCUACUGUUAAGCUAGCUUCUUUCUUGGUUUCUACCAUCAAUGCUAUCAAAGAGUGGCUUGCCUUCGGCCUCGAGUCCUCUGAAUCCUGGAUUGACCGAGUCCGCAUCCUCAGGGGUGUUGUUCGCUAUCUUGAGCGCACUGUUCGACUUGCCACUGAGGCUGAUUUUGACGAGGCUAAGUUCCAAGCACACCUUGCUCAAGGUGCAAAUUUCCUCCAGAAACAACUUGAUGCAUCAGAGGGCGCACAUGAGAAAGAAUUCGUCCUUCUCCUCCUCGAUCGCUUGGGCAAAGACUUUACAGCUGGGUUCAAGCUGUCUACCGGUCUCAGUAUGGAGCUACUCUGGCAUGUUUUCCGACCAACUCCACUGCCUACUAAGGAGAUGUUGGACCGAACAAUCGAACUUGAGAAGCUCGGUUCUCGAUUUGAUGCUCUACGCUGGAAGGCCGGAGCAUCAAUCCCUAAUCUGGCAAAGGCCAUGACCACUCUUGAGAAGGCUUCCGGAAUUUUCCGCGGUGAUGUCCCCAACAUAGACAGCCUUCUUCAAGAUCUUACUACUGAGAUUGAGUCAUUGGAAAGUCAGAUCGGAACUGAUGAGAUCGAGCGCAAGCCCUUCUUGCUUGAAGAGUUUGAAAUACUUCGUCAAGUUUCGAUGCUGAACCCACAUGCCUCGGGCAAUGCAGAGCUUCAAGUGCUAUCGAACAUCCCAACCCAGGCUGGCAUGAUGCUUGCUAGCUCUGAUAACCAAGCUACGUUGCUUCAGUCUGUAGAGAACCUGGUUUAUCAGAACCAAUUUUCUUGGGAUGCUCUUCUUGAAGCUGAGCUCCCAAUCGCUAGCCGGCAGCUUGCAAACCUGACUGCGGACUUGGUAGAGAACCCCCUGACAAGACUCAACAACGUUUUGUCUAAGCUUAUUCUCAAUGUCUUCGGCGCUCAUGGCCAACAUCUCAGGGAGGCUGUCAUUGAAGCAGCCCAGCUGGCAUCUCAGGACUCUACAAACAACUCGCGUGUCUUUGAUGAUCUUGCAUCCAGCAUUGAACCAGAUCAUUUCCGUCAAAUUGCGACCGAGCAUUUCGUCCCUGUUCUGAAGGCCCUUGCUGCUUUACAACAUGACACACAACGACAAGCCAAAUUUUCGGCUUUUGCUUGGAUUCACUUCAGCAUUGGAACAGUCAAAUUGUAUGUUCCGGAUCGUGUCUUUGAUCCCCAAAGCAGGCCUAAGAUGGAGCGCGAAUUCCUCCAAGAAAUGCAUGCUCUUCUUGAUAAGCGAACAGAAUCACUCCGGUCGUUUGAGAAGCUCUUCACAGGACAAAACACGAACCAGCGUAUCCGUCUUCUUGAGGCAGAAUACACAGCUUUGGGACCCCUGCCUGAGGAGGUACGACCGAUUUACAGACCGGCGCAGUCAGAACUUAGCCGUCUCCAUGCUGAGUUUUCUAACGUGCUGAAGGCUGUCACUGGUCCUACUCUGGCCUCUGGUCUGGAAAUCCUUGAUGAAGAUCCUGCUCGAGCGACCGAGGAGCUGCAACUUGUCAAAGAAAACGUCCUAAGGCUCUUGGACCGACUUUCUGCUCGUUUCGAAGCAUACCAGGAUAUGACACGACCCACCGCGAACCUUCUGCGCUGCCUCAUGAUUGGACUCUCACUAUGUGAUGCUGCAUCAGCCCGUAGCUUGGCGCCUGCAUCCCAGCAGAUCCUUGAGGUGACUCCUUUCCUCGGUGGAAGAAUGUGGAACCAAAAGGAUGGCGAUUUCUCGUCUAGAACAUUUGAGUUCUUGAACUACAUGUCGGUAGUCGUUAGUGUUGAGGGUAUCGAGAAUAUUGGACACCAUGCUCGCGAAAUGGUCUUCAAGAGCUUCCAUAGCUUGUUCGAUGAGUGGACUAAGCGACUUGAAGUGGACCGUAAGGAGCAAGCUGCCAAGGGUAGCCUGUAUCGCUUCCGAGGUUCUCUUGAAGACGAAGAAGAGGUUGAUGCGGAAGAAUUCAACGAACUUUUUCCUACCUUUGACGAGGAAGAAGCCGCAAACGUCCCUUCUGCCAAGAAGCAAGAUGAAGUCCGCGACCAGUCGCUGCGAGUGGCUCAGAUCCACAAGAACCUCUUCCUUGACCGUCAGGAGUUUGGCACAUCUCUCAAGGAGGCUUCCAAAUCCGUUGGAGACAGGAUCACAUCAGAGACUAUUGAUCACAAGAACAUCGACCGGAACCUGACAAGCAAGAUGCUGCCUGGCACUAUGCUCUACCUGAACGACAAGCUUGAUUCUCUUAUCUCAUCCACCGUGGACAAGUCUUACAACUUCUACACAAGUGCUAACGUCCCUGAAGCUCGUCGACUCGUCGACCUUAUGCAUAAAAUCAAGGCUCGGUUCCGUGAGCUACAGAUGGUUGAUGAGAUCGGUCAUAUGCAACCGUUGGCUGAUGUCAUACAAGCUUGUGACCAGGUCCUCGAGCUUGUACACUCGGAGCCACUGGCCAAAAUUCUCCCCAAGGUUGAAUACCUUCACAGUCAUGUGUACGAGUGGCAAUUUGGCGGAUGGGCUAGCAAGAUAUACGGUGUUCUUACUCUCCACAACCUCCUCACCGACACAAUCAUCCGUUGGCGGCGAUUGGAACUUUCAACCUGGGCCAAUCUUUUCGAUAUGGAGCAGAACAAAUGCCAGGAUGAUGCUUAUUCAUGGUGGUUUGUGGCUUACCAAGUUGUUAUUGCUGUUCCUCUAUCGUUGGUCGACGCCCCUAAAGAGAUGGAAGAGUAUGCUUCUUCUUUGAUUUCGAGUCUAGAAAUGUACUUCUCGACCGCGAUCGUUGGCCAAUACGGUGCUCGUCUGGCUUUACUGCAACAACUCCAGAGCCACCUGAAGUUCUUGACUAAUGACUAUCCUAUCCUUGACGUCGUUCUUCAGGCGCUGUCCAACUUCAUUCAGUACUACUCUCGUUACGAGAAGAUCAUGGAUGAAGCCGUUCACAAGGGUCGCACUCCCCUCGAGAAGAAGAUGAAGGACGUUCUCCUGAUGGCCAGUUGGAAAGAUACAAAUAUUAACGCCCUUCGGGAAAGUGCCCGCAAGUCUCACCAGAAACUCUUCAGAAUCGUCAGGAAGUUCCGUGGUAUUCUUGGUCAGGAGGCGAAACAAAUCAUUGACCAGGGCCUACCUGAUCAGAACGUGCGUCACGCAAACUACGCCCGAGAGAAGCCCGCCACUGCCAGUGUUCCAGCGGAAGUCUUUUCUAAACUAACUCAGACUAUGCCUGGAUGGAUUGAUAGUCACAAACGACUUGCCAACGUCUCAAAGACAGUAUCCGUUAUGCGCAAGAUUUCAGAGAGCUCAGACAUGACUAGCGAAGUACCUCAGACUGUCGACGAGUUUGUUUCUAGCGUGAACGAGUCAAUGGCGGAACUACGAAAAGAGACGCCUGCGUUCCUGAACGAUGAGAAUAAAGAUCAAAUCAAGCACCUCAAAACAAGAAAGAGAAAGCUGUUCGCGGAUACCCUGCGUGAUCUUCGACAGAUGGGUCUCAAGCACAACCUCGGCCAAGACAAGCUUGCUGAACAGGAAUCGUUGUCAGUUGUCCUAUCAGCGAUUAAGCCCGUCCAGCUUCCCCAGCAUACUUCUACCGAAGCGAUGGAGUACUACCUGCACAAGAUUCUCGAUCUAGCCCCCAAGGUUAGACUGGCUUUGAGAGACCAUUCGCAGGAUCUUACCAGCGCUGAGAUUGGGCGAAGUGUUGGCUUCUUUGAAGGCAUGCUUAACCUCCUGAUCUCUCAGAGAAACUUUAUCUCAUCUGGAGGCUUGUCCCUUUCGCAACUCAAACAGUCAACAGUGCAGUUCAACCAUCUUGGACUUCUCCAGGAACAUGGUGCUCUUGUUCACAAGACAACAGUAUCUGACUGGACACGCCUACUUCCAUGGCUGGUACAGAUUCUUCAAUAUGCCAUUCGCUUGGUCGUAGUACACGGCAAACUGGGAGAAAUAAAUCACGUCGCGGUUCUGGAGCAGCUUAAGUCUUGGUAUGGACGGUUUGACUUACUUCAGACCUCGACUGUCAGCUUACAACAACUUCCAGAGGGCCUGUCCUCUGAAGCAGCCGGCGAGACUGAAGCCAAGUUUAUCAGUGAACUGGCCAGCUUCCGCAACGUCCUUGAAGAGUUGAUCACAGAGCAGCCGAAACUCUCCUUUGUCCUGGCACAAAUUGCUGGCUGGACUGUGAUCACUGAGGAAACUUCAGGUCUGACCUCCGAUACUCUGGAGCUUGGUACCUUUGCCAAUGCUAUUGCGACACUUUGUGACAAGAUUCUUGUCGCGAUUGAGGGCGCAAAGAAGGUCGCAAGAGAUAUCCCGCGCAAGAAGGACGAGCCUGCUUGGCUUACCACCCACAGUGAUGGCUUCGUCAAUCUCUUUACCAAACUUCGUACUGCAGAUAUUGAGAGAAGCGUGAGCAGCUGCAUUCAGAUGCUUCAGCUAAUUCAGCUUCAUGAGCAACAUCUCAGCCAGGCAGCAAUGAGCCUUAUGGCCAUCGCAAGCCCAAUCGUGAACGAAUAUGUCGACUUCUCUCAACAAAGUUUAAUGCAGAUUGUUGAUAUCCACAGCGCUAUUGCGCAUAUGGCCUACAACAUGACGAAGACUCUAACUACAAUUUCUACUCAAGGAUUCUGCACACCAAAUGAAAAGUCUGAUGAAACCUCAAACGAGUCUGGCAAGGUGGAGUCCGGAACUGGUCUUGGUGACGGCGAAGGUGCUGAAGACAUUAGCAAGGAUAUCCAGCCUGACGAAGAUCUUUCUGAGCUCGCUCAGGAAGCUAACAAGGAGGAGAAUGGCGAGAUUGAAGAUGAGAAGGAUGCUGUUGACAUGGCUGAUGAGGAGCUUGAAGGAGACAUGGGCAGUGUUGAUGGCGCCGACGACGACGAAGAGGGUUCCAAGGACGGAGAUGAAGAGGAGGAGGAGAACGAAAUGGACGAAGAAGCCGGAGAUGUCGAUGAUCUUGACCCUACUGCCGUCGACGAGAAGAUGUGGGAUGGAGAUGACGAAGAGAAGGCCGAAAAGGACCAGCAGGGCGAGAAGGCCAAGGGUCAGAAGAAAGACGAUGAGCAGAUGGCUGCAGACGAAGAUGCCAAGAAGCAAGACGGCGAGGAACAACCAGAUGUUGACGAAUCUGGAGAACAGGACCCCGAGGAGGAAGAGAUUGGCGACGAGGAAGAGGAUGUCAAAAACCAAGAGGAGAUGAGCAAGCAAGAACAAACUGCCCAGGAAAACGACACCUUAGCACUCCCUGAGGAUAUGGAGUUGGAUGCCAAUGAAGAUGAGGAGCCUGAAUCAGAUAGCGAUGGCCUCGACGAUCUGUCGGAUAUUGAAGAGGAGAAGAAGGAGAUGGAGGACCAGGAUAUGGGUAAUAAUGAGGAGGAAGAUGAAGAGGAUGAUGCCGCAGUCCAGGCUCAGCUUCAAGACGAGGCUGGGGAAGAAGCACAGGCUGAAGAAGACGAAGAAACCCCUGAAGAAGAAAAGGCGGGCGGCAGAGAUGAGGUUGACGAGGAGGUCAAACCUGAAGAAGAGGAGAAGGUUGAAGAGCAGGAAGACGCCACAGACCAGAACCAGCCACCUCAAGACAACGCUACAACGGAUACCGAUAACGCUGCGCCGAGCGAUGUCAAGAGCUCUGGCCAAGACCAGAAUGCGGACUCGAUGGAUGUUGACGAUAACUUCCAGAACAACGCUGCCCAGCAAGAGGAUGGCGAGAUGGGAGAAGGCGCCGCUGACCAAGACACAAGCGCAGGCAACCAGGGAUCUACGUCGCAGUCGAAGGAGAUUAUGGACAGGGCCGAACAGGAACAGGACAAGCCGGACUCAGCACGCAGCGAUCCCUUCAAGAAGCUUGGAGAUGCCCUUGAACGCUGGCAUAGACAGCAGGAAGACAUCAAGGACGCUGAACCUGCGGAAGCCACCGAGCAAGAUGCGUCACAAGAUCCAAGCGCCGACCAAAGCCGCAAGGAAUUCCAGCAUCUUCAGGACGACGAGACCGCUACGGAUACUCAAGCUAUGGGAACUGCAGAUGAUGAACAAGUACAACCCAUCGACGAGUCCAUGGCUAUCGAUGAGGAGAAGCAAGAUCCCACAAGCCGCCUGAUGGAGGAGGACAAGGAUGAGGCUGAGCAAGAUCCGGACAAGAUGGACACCGCGGACCCGGCUGAUGCGCUAGAUGCCAACAAGCAAGACACAGACAAGGACGAGGACGAUACCCGCUCAGGAGUCAAGACACGCCAGGGCAAAUUUGACCGCGAGCCCAGUCCCUCAGAGCAAGAGGCGCAAAUGGAGGAGCAGGACGAGGAUGAGACAGACAUUCAGGAGACAUCGACUCAACUCUCCACAACACACAUCUCGGAUGAGGAACGACCCCUCCGGAAUUUUGGCGAGUCGAUGCAGCAGUGGAGCGAGUUCCAGACCAAGACACAUUCACUCUCUCUGGCCUUGACAUCUCAGCUCCGACUUAUCCUUACACCUUCGCAGUCGACCAAACUCUCGGGAGCUUUCCGUACCGGUAAGCGGCUCAACAUCAAGCGUAUCAUUCCAUACAUUGCAUCAAGCUACAAGCGGGACAAAAUCUGGAUGCGACGCAGCAUCCCGACCAAGCGAACCUACCAAAUCUUACUCUGCGUUGAUGACAGUAAGAGUAUGGGUGAAACAUCGUCGGGUACCCUGGCGAUGGAGUCUCUUGUUAUGGUAUCGCGCUCUCUUACUAUGCUGGAAGCUGGACAAGUUGGUGUUAUGGGCUUCGGCAAGGACGUCUUCACGGCCCAUGGCUUAACAGAGCCUUUUGCUUCGGAUGCCGGAGCAAAGGUACUGCAGAAGUUCAACUUCUCUCAAGACCGUACCGAUAUUGCACUGCUCAUCCAGCGAACUAUUGAAACGUUCAGACUGGCGCGACAGCAGGGUACUGGCAACGCGGAUCUCUGGCAACUGGCGCUCAUCAUGUCGGACGGACUUACACCUUCCUCGGCCCACGAGGGCAUCCGCAGGAUGCUGCGAGAGGCUAUGGAGGAGCGUAUCAUGAUUGUGUUCAUCAUCAUGGAUGACACGGGCAAGAAGAAGGGUGACAGCGUUCUUGAGCUCAAGGAGGCCAAGUUUGUCCGAGAUGGUGGAGAGAGCAAAGUGGUGAUUGAGAGGUAUCUGGAUACGUUCCCAUUCCAGUACUACUUGAUCGUUCAUCAUCUCGAGGAGCUGCCAAGCGCGUUGGCUGGCCUGUUGCGAACAUGGUUUGCUGAGGUCAAUGCUUAA